AAAUAAGCCUAUAAAAGGCAUUGCAAAAUCUUCUUCUUUUCCUCUGUGGAUAUUUUCAGCUCAAAAUCGAAACCCUAAUUUCGUUAUCUUUUCUUCUUAUCAUCGAAAAGAAUGGGAUUGUGGGAAGCUUUUCUCAAUUGGCUGCGAAGUCUCUUUUUCAAGCAAGAGAUGGAGUUAUCUUUAAUAGGCCUCCAGAAUGCCGGAAAAACAUCCCUAGUUAAUGUCAUUGCUACUGGUGGAUAUAGUGAAGAUAUGAUACCGACAGUAGGGUUUAAUAUGAGGAAGGUAACUAAAGGAAAUGUCACAAUAAAGUUAUGGGAUCUUGGGGGUCAACCAAGGUUUCGGAGUAUGUGGGAGAGAUACUGCCGUGCUGUUUCGGCUAUUGUCUAUGUCGUGGAUGCUGCUGAUUUUGAUAACUUAUCCGUCUCGAGAAGAGAACUCCAUGACCUGUUAAGUAAAACCUCACUGAACGGUAUUCCCCUGUUGGUACUCGGAAACAAGAUCGACAAACCGGAAGCCUUGUCUAAGGAAAAUUUGACAGAGCAAAUGGGGCUGAAGUCUAUCACAGACAGAGAAGUUUGUUGCUAUAUGAUUUCAUGCAAGAACUCGACCAACAUCGAUACGGUGAUUGAUUGGCUUGUGAAGCAUUCGAAAUCAAAGAAUUGAGAUCUC